AUGGCUUAUGAAUCAGAUGAUGAACAUGUGCGAUUGUCAUUUUCUGAUUCUGAAGGGGAAGAAGAUGACUCUGAAUAUUCUGAAGGAGUGUUUGAAUAUGAGUCAAAAUCAAAAGAUGACUUUCAAGAUUCUGAAGAUGAUUCAGAAUCUGAGGUUUCUGAAGAUGAGUCAGAGUUAGAAGACUCUGAAGCUGAAGACAAGUCAGAAUCUGAAGGUGAUUCUGAGUCUGAAGAAGAAUCAAAAGAUGAAUCAGAAUCUGAAGGAGAUUCUACUUCUGAAGAUGAAUCAGAAUCUGAAGGUUCUGAAGAUGAGUCCGAACUUGAAAGUUAUGAAAGUGAGUCAGAGUUAGAAGAUGAAGAAUCUUCUGGAGACUCUGAAGAUGAGUCAGAUGGUGAAUCUGAUUCUGAUCUAGAUUUUGAAUCAGGUGGUGAUCAUGCUUCUGGAAGGGAAAACUCUGAAGACGUAGGUUCUGGAGGACAAGCUUCUGGAGAUGAUCAUGUUUCUGGUAGAAAUCAUGUCUCUGAAGACAAGUCUUAUGAAAGAGGAGCUUCUGAAGGUAGUCCAGCUUUUGACGGUCGUCAUGAUUCUGAAGGUGGAACUUCUGAAGGCAGAGUUUCUAAAGGCGAUCCAACUUUUGAAGGUGGUAUUUCUGAAGGUAGUGGUUCUGGACGAGGUCCAGAAGUUAACAAAGAUUUGGAUUCUUCCACUUUUAUUUAUGUGCUUAACAAAGCUCUCAGUACUGUCGCUGCUGAAACCAACCCCCAGGAUGCACCUGUUUCAAAUCUUGAAGGUGGAUUUGUUCGAGUCUCUGUAGCUGCUCCUGCUGCACGUGGAAAAGCUAACAAUUAA